AUGAGUCAUUCGAUGGAGGAGCUUCCGGCGAUUCCGUCAAUUCUUUUGCAGACGUUUCCCCUGGAGGCAUAUCUACGGAGCUUGUGCAACAAACUGACCGACAAUAUAAAUGCCCUGCACUGCUCCGUAGUCGGACUGCAAGGGGAAGUGAAGUCGUGCAGCACAAUGGUUACUGAUAUACGCCAGUUUUUGCGGCAACAGGCUCUGUUAGAACUGCGGGAAAAGAUUGUGGAGGGUUGCAUUACGCUGCAAGAGGGGGUUUCCGUAGAGUCACUUUUACCUGGUUUUUUGCGUGAUGAUUUAACAAUCGUUGGAGGGGAGGUCAGUGCCUUGGUUGGACACCAAUUCGGAGAAGCUCAGGGACAGGGCGACAAUGAACUAGGAGAUAUGCGCAGCUUCAUGGAGAAGGUGGGCAUGGAGCGCGCGGAGCGGAGUCGGAGGAAGGAGGAGUGGGAACAGAAGGCGCAUCAGCAGAACGAGGAGUCCCGUAAACAGUUGGAGCAGAUGUGUGAGGCGCUUCAAGUGUCGCAGAAACAGUACAUGGAUGAGCUCGAGCGCAUUACGGCCUGGCUUCUACCAUCGCCCACCGUUGACGAGGAGGAUGAAGCACUCCGCAGUGGUGGUAGUUCUCAUCGGAACAGCGAGACUGUAAAAGAUAACAGCGAGCUCCAGGAUAUACUGAGGAGCGCCCCUCUUCUUGUGGAGUUUCGACGAGUUAUUCUUUGCGACAUGAUGGACCGUCUUGGGGAGGCGAGAGAUGAGCAAUCCAUGAAUCUCGGUAACUCCAUUGCCUCACUGAGGGAUGAGUUACGGAAGGAGAUGGGUUGCUGCAGUAGUAUUGUUGCAGCUGGGGGCGUGGGAGCUGGCGGCGGCGGCAGUGGCGAGGUGGAGCGCCGAUUGAAGGCAUUUGACCGAAAUUACAUGCAGCGCGGUGAGGUUGUCGCGACGCUGCAGGACAAGGCGGACCUUGCCACCGUGGCGCAGAAGGUCGACAAGGCGUAUGUGAGCGACCUGGAGAAGCGACUGUUGGAACGCAUAGCCGAUUUGGAGGAGCGCUUGACGAUCUACGAGGCGGAGCGCGUGGAGUUUCGUCGCAUUCUGCGCUCCGUGGUGGACGUGCACCGGCGCGGUGAAGAUGUAAGAAACGGCAACGACAGAAGCAUCCACAGCAGCAGACACGCUUCUGGCAGAGGCGGCGAUAACGGCGCCACUCAGACGGCAAGGAUACUGCCCAACUUUGUGGUGGUUGACGAAGCCAUCGAGCCUCGGCACGGACGAGAGUUUCAACAGUCGGCGGUGCCGGAACCCCGUGCACCGAGACGCCCGCCAGCGUCGCGCGCAAAGCAAAGUUCUGACUUUAAGAGUUCCCCAGUAUCGGCAAGGCAACAGCAACAGCGGCAGCACCCUCCAAGUGACACGGCCGACGCAGCCGUGGACGUGGAGAGACAGUUGGUUGGCCUGACGGUGAACCAGGAGGCGUAUGCGAAUUAUGUGUCAAGAGGGCUAAACCGCCGCGUCGUUGAGAGCCUCCCUCCGCUGCCUUACGAGCGUUGGCGUGGAUAG